UUGUAAUGGAUCACUUCCUAAGCGGCCUAGACGCUGGACCGAGCCCAUGGUAUGCAUCCCGUCCCCCAGUGUCUAGCCAUGCCCAUGAGUUUGCGAUUGGCACGAGUUCUUUCCAGUUGAUACCGAUCACUGGCAGUAACAGCCACACUCCGAGUAGCCAUACUUCAUAUAGUACAAGCAACACACUGAAUUCUCACUCAGCCUUCAGAUCUCCUGCAGACCCCAAGGUUAAGUCUGAGGUCAAAGAUGAUGAUGACAGUCGGGAAAGUAAAUCGCCAACACCUUCUGUAGCCCUCACCCCUUUAUCAACCAACAUGGCUCACCAUAGCCACAAGGCAAAAAACAGUGAGCGUUGGGACACUAAAAAGGUCUGUAAUAUCUGUGGGAAAGUUCUCUCACGUGGUGAUAAACUGAAGAAUCACAUUCGGACACAUACAAAUAAUUUUCCAUUCCAUUGUGAUACGUGUGGCCAAGGAUUUCUCCGUUCAGAAGGACUUCGGGUACACACGAGAAUUCACACUGGAGAACGUCCAUAUAUAUGCAUUGUUUGUGGUAAGGCAUACACAAGGAAAGAUAAGUUGACAAGACAUGCUAUAGUGCACACAGGAGAAAGGCCUUUUGUCUGUCAACACUGUGGGAAGUCUUUUACUCGCAAGGAUAAAAUGCAGCGACAUGAAAUGAUUCAUAAAGUAGAUAAGCCUUUCACAUGUGUCCCUUGUAAUGUAGAGUUUGUGAGACAAGAAACUUACAAUGCCCAUAUGGAGAGGAAGCAUCCUGAACGCCUCCCUUACACUGUAGUGCAACAGCCACGCGAAGGCAGCCCAUCAUAUCAUCCUCAAGGACUAAAUCUUUCAAGCAAUGCAGACAGUAAGAGCAGCAGUACAAACAGAUCACAGAGCAGCAGCAAACACUCUACCAGUACUACUAGCAGCAGCAGCAACUCUGCCGGUGUUUCAAACCAUAGUAGCUCUAACAUUGGACAUCACAGCACCGUCACUAAUCUUCCAGGUGGUAUUACACUCCCAGGGGGCUUAACCCUCCCAUCCGGCAUUACUCUCCCUGGAGGGUCCUCUAUCCCUGGGAACCACGGCAUCCCAGGGGGCCUCACUAUCCCCAGUAGUUCCUCAAUCCCAGGUCUCGCAUCGCACCCAAGUAGCCUUCUAAGUGGAAGUUCCCUGUUAGGUGGUCUGCAUGGUAUUAGUGGAUCCAAUGCUUCCUAAAGAUGCCAGAAUGCAGAUAUGUUAAUUUGAGAAAUGUUUGUAUCAGUGUAUAUAACUUGAGUGUGCGUGGUUGUAUGUUCACACUUGCACAUGCAGAUGCAUGCCAGCAUGUGCAAACACACACAAACAUGUGCACAUGUAUACCCACAGAAAGCCACAUCCACUUAAACAGGUACAUACACUCAAAAACACACAUUUAUACAAACAUGCAAAACAUGUAUAUGAACAUAGACAGACACAUACACUUAUGAGUAGCAACCAUAUAUGUACAACACUUACUCACAUUCAUAAAUGGAUAUGUGUGUAUUUGUAAGUACAUGCAUAUGUAUUUAUAAAGGAUUGAAUUUUUUUAAUAUAAGGCCAUAUUCACUCCAGUUUUAAUAUGAACAUUAUAAACUAUUAUUCAUACCAAAUUACAGUGGUUGGAAUAUUUUAAUAAUUCAGGUUUCUUGUAUAUCAAAAAGAUACAGCAGUGAGUAGUAGAAGAAAGACUGAUAAAAGUUAACAAUUUAACAGUGGCAUUUAUAAUAACAAGUUGGUCUAGAUAGCUGUAUAAAGGUGUAAGAUAUGUAGUAUGUAUUAUUUUUAUCAUUUGGACUUCAGAGAACUCUCAUGCCAUGUAAGAGGCAUGCAGAAUGUUGAACACAGUUUUAGAAAAUAGAAUAAGAAGGAAUAAGAAAUUUAAAGAUUUGGAAUGGAAUUGAUUUAGUGGUCUCUGAUAGGUUUGUGGGAAUAGUGAAGGGGAUGACAGAUCAGAAAGCUCGGAGAAAUUAUGCGAGGGAUGCAAGGUUCCUUGGAAUCUUAAGACGAGCCACUUUGGAGGUGAUAAAAGAAUAUUUCUUUGUAAAAGAUAUGCAAAAAUAUUACAGUAAGGGUGAGAAGUGUUACUGAAUAUAAAACCAAAAAUAAUAUUAAGCAGUGUGACAUCUAAAGUAUUUUAUCAUCAGUGCAAAAAAAAAAGUAAAUUCGAAGAGUCGAAGAAGAGUAAAUUAGAUUUUUCAACAUUAUGUUCCUGAUGAAUAGAUGCACAAAAUAAACACAAAAUAACUAAAGUUCCAUAGAUCAUACUGGGUAUUGUCUUUGAUCUCUGAAUUAUUAUAGAUUAUAUAUAUAUUUUUAAAACCUCACUUAAGUUGAUAGAAAAUUAGAAAAUAUGACUUAGCCUUGUACUACUAAGAAUGAAAAGUCCAAUGUCUGUUAUCAAAUAAUUCCAGUUUUCAUAAAUUUGCAUACUGGUAAAGGUUUGUAUGCUAAAUAUUUAUUUCCUAUUGAUAGCCAUUUUAUAUCUUUGAUGAUGUAACUAACACAAGAUGUACAGUAAUACUUGGUAACUCAAGAUUAUUGCAUUAGUGUGAGAUUGCAUAAACUUUGAACUUUCAGUGAAUGUUCAAAGUUUUAGUUAUGAAUGCAUGAUGAGAAUAUCAGGAAUGCCCUUUUUUUUAUUCUAAUAGUGUAAGAGUAAUCUCGAAUGAGGAUGCAAA